GCCCGAAAAUAAUUCAAUUCAAACUCAUAGAACACAGUAAGAAGUGACCGUUGGGCGAAACACACAAACCAGAUGCCGACGAACAAUCUGAAGAACACCGCCGGAAAAUCUACGGCUAGAUUCAAAUCCACAAGAAAACCACUACGAGAUGUUUCUAAUUCAAACAUGGUAAAGCCAUUAGCAACUUCGUUCAAAUCCAAGAAGCUCUACGGAAGGGAAAACGACGACGUCGAAUCAGUUGCCGGUGAAAAUGUCAUGGAUCGUCUCCUUCUCAUUCGCUCCGACUUCUCCUCCGUUAUUCAUCAGAUUGAUGAACUUGUUCAAGUGCUCAAACUAGGGGGCAAGAAGAGUGGGAAGGAAAUCGAAUCUUUCACACAUGUCUUGUCUGAAAUGCAAGCUUCUUUGAAGCCAUGGGUUCCCAAAUUUCAGAAAGCCCUUUCUGAUCUAUCCACGAGGCCCGAACAUCCAUCUGAACAGUCACAAAUUAGUGAGGCAGUUCCCGUGGUAGCUGAUAAUACAAGCGAUGCUGUUGAUAGCCCUGACCAAUCCAAGUGGGAUUCACUAGUUUCCCCAUCACCCCUUGUGUCCUGGAGGGCAGGCUGUACGACUGAGGGUGGCAGACAACUUUUUCUGCUCACACCUUUACCUCUUCGCAAAGUACUCUCAUCCAAAUGCCAAGGAUCUUCUAAAACGUUUGACAACUACACAUCAGCUACGAAUGCCCAGCUACGUCCUCUUUUUGAUAUUAGGGGAGAUAUGGAAGAUUGUUUGCUUGAGAAUACAAAAUCUAUGGCUAGUCAACUACCAUCCCUUUCUGACAUAACUGGGGAGAUGGACAUACCACCAUCCCUUUCUGAUGUAACCGGGCAGAUGGACAUACCACCAUCCCUUUCUGAUGUAACCAGGGAGAGGGACAUAUUGCGUGUGAAUAAUGAAGUGAAGUCAAUUCUGAAUAAUGUUUCUGCUCAUGAUAUGACCAUCAACGAGGUCCCUCAGAAAAGAGAUCUUAUUUCGCCUGUAAGACUUUCACAAAUUGACAGUUCGUUGCUAGUAAUGACUCCAUGCUUGAAAAUGUCACCGCCGAAGACGUGUGUACUGCUUGAACCUUCAUCAGAAUACAACUGUCGGGACAAGCAUGGGGCUUAUAAAAUGACACCGUUUCCUGUUUCACGUCAUUUUUCUAGCAUGUCUGAAGAUUCAGAAUCCUCCAGCUCCGAAGGUGCUGAACAUUUGACAAUGAAGUAUCCUGAACUAUUUGGAAUCAAAUUAAGUCAAAACUUGACAAACGGAGGGAAGGUGGCCGAUGAUGAAUCACCAGACUUUCUAUUUUCACCACCCAAAACUUGUGUACUGAUGGAGCUACCUGUGGAAGAAUCAUUGACUAAUGCAGCUGAAACUGGUGGCAACUUAGAUAUAGUUGAAAGAACUCCCAUGAUGACAGAAUCGAAGAGCAUUCUUGUAAUGGGAAAGCAUCCUGGUGAGAACACUUUGAAGAAAGAACUGUGGAUGAAAUUUGAAGCCGCGUCAAGUGAUGGCAUGUGUUUUAAUCCCUCUACUAUCCACGAAACUAUCCAAAAAGAUUUCCUUGAGAGAUUGGAAGAGGUUUCUGCUGAUGAGGCAACUGCAGAGGAGGAGGGGGCCUAAGAUGGUAGAGAUCAUCACCCCCCAGAUGUGCCGGAGUAUGCAGGGAAGAGGGAUUCAGAAGACAAAAAAAUGGAACUGUGUAUCUUAAGGUAAAUUUGAAACUUGUAUUAACUUUCCCUAUACCACCUCCUUCCCUCCUCUUUUGUGAAGUAAAGGUGAACAUAGCAACAAAGGACUUCAAAUAUGGUCCAAGUGCAAUUUUUUGUAAUUUUCGAAUGAAAACUUUGAGUUCUUCCCUCCUCUUUUGUGAAGUAAAAAGAUGAACAUAGCAACAAAGGACUUCAAAUAUUC